AUGCUGAAGUUUGUGACGAAAGCGAUGGAUAUCAAGCUUCAAGGUGAAGCCGAUUUCAUGACUACUCUUGAAGAUCCAACCGAACUCUUGAAACGUAUUGAACAAUUCAUGAAGAAGAGUGCAGAUGCUGAGUAUGACUUCUUGGAUUUCUGGGAAGCCAAUCAAAAGUUCUUUGCUAUGAAGCAGGGAGCAACCGAAAACUUGAUGCAUUUCAAGGAACGAUUCUUGAGACAGGCUGAAGUCAUGCAAGAUCUAUAUGGCGUUGCCUGGUUCCAAAAUUUUGCAGUCAAGACGAAAGCGUGUGCUGCUAUUGCUAGCACCCAUACUACUGCUAGAGACAAGUUCAAGGAUGAUAUCUUUGAAGCAGUUCUUGCAACAGGAUUCCUGUGCAACUAUGACCAAACGAGAACAGCUCCUCUGAUGCUGGAUCUUCAGACAAACUACUGCAGGGAAGUGGAUUAUUAUCCAAAGACGGUCAGCAAAGCACAAGAUAUGCUGAAGAUUCACAUGGAUGUGAUCAAGAAUCCGGGAGUGAACCUUUACCAAGAAAAAGACCAGCCAAAUAAAGGUAAAGGUAAAGACAGACUGCUACCAGAGAGUCAAUGGAAGCAUCCGAAACACUAUGUUGAUUACGGGGAGAAGCUCAAUCUUAAUCAGAUUGGAGCAACUGUCCCAAUUACAGCUACAGUUCCUGGACCUUCUCCAGCGACAAGUGUGAUCACAGGUGGAACAUUGAGUGUUGCGGGAAGUGUUAACACACCUUUGCGACUUGCUGGUACUACAGGUAAUAAAAUGAUGCAAGUUCCUUCAGGAAUGCAGCUCAUGCAGAUUCCAACUCAAGGUGACGGCACUGUUACUGUCCCUUAUUCUAUGAAUGCUAACGGUGAGAUUGCGUUCAGUGGAAUGCAACUCAGCCAACAAGGCUUCAGUGGUGCUCAAGUGCGCCAAAGAUUUGAUGCAACUCAAGCUCGAACUCCGCAAGUUGUGAAGACUGGCUAUUAUGAUACGUCAAAUGUCUUUCACGAUGCUAUCAAGGGAAAGGAUGAGAAUGGCAAUGAUGUCUAUCUUAUUCCAUAUCCUACUGGAACGACUAACGUUGAACUUCAAUCCGACUGGCGCUACGCUAGUGAAAAUGAAGACUUGCCUGAUCUUGCUACUGAAGCUGAUCGAGGUAUGCAGUUUAUUCAAAGCCGCAGAAUCGAAAGAGAUCCGUUUGGUUUGCUCGAUCACGUCAUCAUGGACAGUGGUUGCACCAACACCACCAUUUGUAAUGGUGAACUCAUGCAUGGAC